CAAAUACGCAAUUACCUCCUCACUCUCAUCUCUAUUCGAUUGCUCCAAUUCCAAUUCCCAUUCUUCUUCACUAGCUAGCACAACCACAACCUGACCUAGAAGACACAAAUGGCCGCUCCCAUGGCUGCUUCAAUGACCCUCCUCAAUCCCAAAUGCUGCUUCAUCCCCAACCCUAAGAUCCCCAAACCAUUCAAGCAAUUCAAAUCCCUCCCAAUCCCAAACGGCCUCACUCCCACCGUAUCCAUAACCGCCCCUGCCGUUGCCGCCGCCAUCUUCUCCACCCUCUCCACCAGCAGCCCCGCCAUCGCCGCCCAGCAGCUGGCGGAAAUCGCCGACGGAGACAACCGCGGCCUGGCCCUCCUCCUCCCCCUAAUUCCGGCCAUUCUCUGGGUGCUCUACAACAUACUGCAGCCAGCCCUCAAUCAGCUGGAGAGAAUGAGGAGCACCAAGGGACUGGUCAUCGGGCUCGGGCUUGGCGGGCUCGCUGCGUCGUCGGGCUUCCUCCACCCGCCGGAAGCUUCCGCCGGAGAAAUCGCAGUCCUGGCGGAGGCGGUGAACGACAAUAGGGGCCAGCUUUUGCUGUUUGUUAUAGCGCCGGCUAUUGUAUGGGUUUUGUACAAUAUUUUGCAGCCUGCUUUGAAUCAGCUGGAGAGGAUGAGAUCUCGGUGAUAACAUAUAUGACCACAGUUAAUUAAUUAUUACUUAAUUAUAUGUAUAAUAUAAUAUAAUAUAUGUGAUCUUGGUUGUUUAUAUAUGUGUAUGCCUCUCAUCUCCAUCUCAUCCGAUUUGCAUGUAAUUGUAAAAUUGUAUGCUUACGGGGGAGUCUUUUCUUGCACAAUCUCAAUUUUUGAACUGCUCUUGGAUUAUUGAUUAA